GGAGAGCCAAGCUGACAUGUGAAUGUGUGCUGCUGAAAGUGGGCCAUAAGAGACUAUGCCUUGGCGGACCGUCACCAGCUGCAGCUCAUCAUCUCGGAACUGCCAAGCCUGGAGCCGUCCAAAUCUGCAAUGAUCCAAUUAUCGACUACAGGAGCUGCUGUAUGAAGCAGUCGGCCUCGCGACAUCGCAAUCUGUAGCCGCCAUCCCGUUCACGAUUCGCCAUGGCAGCUCCCAUACUACGGUCAAUAUGGCAGUCGGCGGUACGGCGGCCGUUAAUACGAGCGUUGACACCGACAACUAAGACAACGACAGUGUCAUCGCAAUUUGCAUCGCGCCCCUUUUCAACAACGCCCGCACCCUGCGCAACACUGAACCAGGUGCUGCGAGGUUGUCGUAAGGCGCAGCGCGCCCGCCACGCCACCUCCCCCGCGCUGUCCGAUACCCUAUGUCCGCAGCAGAAGGGCGUUUGUCUGAAGGUUGGAGUUACGCGGCCGAAGAAACCCAACUCAGGCGAGCGUAAGACGGCCCGUGUGCGUCUGUCGUCCGGCAGCAUGAUCACCGCCUACAUCCCCGGCGAGGGCCACAACAUCCAACAGCACUCCGUCGUGCUUGUACGCGGAGGUCGCAGUCAGGAUUGCCCCGGUGUGCGUUACCAUCUGGUCCGCGGUGCUUUAGAUUUGGCUGGUGUUUCAAGUCGUAUGUCGAGUCGAAGCAAGUAUGGUACGAAGAAACCCAAGAAAGCCUCAGUUGGAGGAUAAAAUCGCUUUUGCCUCACGGAAUGUAGAACAUAAACAAAAAUGAAAUGGCACCUUGCUACCCUUAUCAAUACCUGUAUGAUAGUGUGUGAGCCGCACGUAAUUGGCAGUCGUCAUUUAAAUAUCAUGUCGCAGAGCAAAUUUUAUAUUUACACAUGAAGAAUGAACACUGCGAGGUCUGUCUCCCUGAGACGCAGUCCAAGACGCC